GCAGUCGCAUACGGAUGUAUGCACCCUGGGACCAGGUUUCAAAAAGUACCGUUUACAGUCACCCGAGAGGCCGUUUCCGUGUGGAUGAGACGCCGAUCCGACAAAAAACUUUUGCGUAUACGCCUGAAUUCGUUUCUGUGUGAACGGGAAACACACACACACACACACACACACACACACACCCCAUAUCUCUUCAGAGUGUGCCUGAACGGCAGCACUCCCCUCAUAGUAGCAGUCAGUGAAACGAUUCUUUCUUUUCUGAGAAACAGAAAGUGAGACUAGUUCUGGGAUGGACACACCAAUGCCAGGAAAGGAAACGGCUCACUGCGUGCGAAAAGACUGCAUUUGAUCACAGCACUGCCCCACUGCACAGGAGGAAAUCCUGAACUGUAAGCCAGGGCGGCAGGUCCAGACUGGCACUACGGAGAAAAGAUGGAAGCGAAAGAGAAGAGGCGAACCACUUCUUCAAGCUGUCUCUCUGUUAAAAGCGACGCAUCCAAAGAAGAGCCGAUAUAUUUCAGCCAGGAGGAGAGGAGUCCUCCAUGUGCUGAAGCGGCUGAGAUGGAUCCAAACUAUGGAAAGAGGCUCGAUGCACCAACAGACCUGUCUGUAAAGAGUUACAGGUCAAAGAGCCCACCACUAACAUUCAAGCCUGAAAACAUAGACAACAGGAAUGUGAUACCAGUGGCAGUGCAAUCCCCCAUUCUUAGACCACAGGCACAAAGAGUACAUGAUCUCACACUCCCACCACAGAUGGAGACCUGGACAAAAGAGCAGGUUAAAGACUGGCUGAUUGUUGGACUCAGAGUAGAACAGAAAAUUGCACAGAAACUCUUUGACCAGGAGUGUUCUGGAGCUUGCUUGGCCUCCUUUGAGAAACAAGAUCUGGUAGAACUAGGUGUUCCACUUGCACCAGCAUUGCAAAUCACACGACAGGUUGAAAAGUUUAAACGGCAAUCAGAAACAUCCACCAUUACUUCUACAUUACCAAAGAGCUUCUCUGAACCACAGGAUCACGAAAGAUGGAAAAGUGCAAGGAUUCAGGAAGUGUCAGAAAACCUAGAUGAAUCUGUGGAAACUGAAACGGUGUCAUCAGAUUCAGGGAUCCAAAGUCAGAGCUCCUCAUUGCUGAUGCUACAGGAGGCAAGAAGCAAAAUACAAUCUUUAAUCGGUCAGACACAGACAGAUGAGGCACAGUUACUUCCAGAAGUUUCUGAUAGUUCAAACGUACUUCCACAAAAGGCUCCAAUUUGCCAAAUCCGAUCCUUUGACAAAAGCAGCUCAUCCAUUUCCUACAUAGAAAAUGGGAUUUUUCCCCCAGUAGCUGGUCCAAGUAACCUUCUUGACCCUGUCCAUGAGUACCAGCUUCUGCCUGAAGCCAGUGAAGCAAGUGAAAGAGAGGUCCUUUACGAAUUCACAAAGGAAAUAUUCAGUUUUGCUGCAGGCUGCAUGAACUCACGGACAAAUGGCACUAUUCAUUUUGGAGUUAGAAACCAGCCUGAACAAGGAGAUGGCCAGGUAGUUGGGCACAAAAUCACCUCUUUCAUAAAGUACACAGAGGCGUUUAAUACCCAUCUGAGUGAGUAUUUUGAAGAAAAACAUGUAAAUACUGCAAGAAUGUGCAUCAGGCCGCCUAAAUUCAUACAAGUCCGCUGUCAAGAUGGGACCUCUUCAGAUAAAUGGGUCAUUGAGGUUGAUGUAGUCCCGACGCAUUCACUGAUUCAAGAGAGUAUUUUCUACACUCGGCUGAGUAUUGCAUCUGCAGAGAAAAAGCAAGAAAUCAAGACUGAAUGUCUCUUCAUCAGGGAUGGCCCAAGAUCAAUAAAUGUUCUGUCCGAUAGUAAUCCUCGAAGAGUCCAAGAGGAGAUGAAAAGCUUGACUGAAAAGGUCCAGUGUUGGGCAUCGGCACGAAAGACCGUGGAGGAAAAGGAUGAAAAACCACUGUCUCAAGGCAACCAGGGCCAGAGGCUGAAGCAGCUGAUAACACAAGGAAAAGAAGCAUUCGAGACUUCCAUCCAAGUCAUUCUUGUCACAGACAAAUGUCCCCCAGACCAGCUGGAGCACCUUGACUUCCUCAAAGAGAUGAAGUUGUUUGUGGUUCUUGAGUUUGAUCCAGAGUCUGACGUGAAUGGAACGUGCAGCUUUUACAGGCGAGACCAUGUAGGCAAUCUGCACUAUCCGCACAUGUAUGACUCUCAAGACAGUGUGACAGCUACUAUUCAGAAGCUGAACUUAUUUCAGCAAACAAGCUGGGUUUUCUGCAAUGGACGAGUAAAUGAAGGAAGUGAAUCAGACAAGCCCCUAACACAGAGUGAAUGGCUUAAAAAACGCUCUGGUGAGAUGAGCAACUUGGUUUCAUUUCUUUUCAAACCAGAUUUGCUUUCCAAAGACAGACUCCUCGUGAUCUUCAUUCUCCACUCAGCAGUAACAGACAUCUCAAGCCCUAUAUUGGAGGCUUUCUGUGCAAUCUACCGCACACUGGAAGGAGUUAAAAACAUGCUGUGCAUAUGCAAAGACUCGACUGUGUUCAGCCACUGGAGGCAGCUGAUCGACUGCCGCUGCAAGGAGGACAUCACCAGCAAAUGCAUCUAUGAGCUCAGUCUGAAUGAAAUAUCAAGCACCAUCAAAAAGCUCAAAGAACCUCAAACACAAUCGUCUAGAAGGUUCUUGCCAUCCACGGGGUCCAGCUCGGUGCUGCUGAUGAAAAAGGAUGAAGAGCUGAUGACUGUUUUGGACAUCUUGUGUGAAAAUGAGUGUGAGAACACAGAAAUUGAAAUGAAUGACUCGUUUCAGAACUUCAAGAUAAGAACAGAGGAGGACUUCUACAGAGGAGGGCAAGUCACAUGGUGGAACUUCUACCUUUCUGAGAAAGACAGCCUGCCAUUCAUCAGUCGGGACAAAUACAAAGAGUUGUAUGACCUCAUCACGCCAGUAGAAGGCCACAUAACUCCAUGUGUUAUAAUCAAUCUUUUCCAUCAUCCUGGAUGUGGGGGAACAACUCUGGCAAUGCAUGUUCUCUGGAACCUGAGAGGGAAAUUCAGAUGUGCAGUUGUUAAAAACAACAUGGCAGCAAAUCAUGAAAUCGCAGCUCAAGUCAUAAACCUUCUGACGUACGGCAAGCAGGAGCAGUCAAGCUGCACACCUGUGCUUCUCUUGGUGGACAACUGGGAUGAUGUAGAAGAUCUGAAACAGUGCAUCCUGACUGCUGCCAAUGACAGGAGGCGAUCCAACCAGCUCCUGGUGAUCAUAUUGAGCUGUGAGAGAACCAGGUUCCCCGACGAGAGCUCCAGAAACAGCCGCAGUCCAAAUGUUUUCAUCACCAACAAGCUGUCACAAAGAGAGCAGGCUUUGUUUUCUGAUAAACUCCAACAACUCAAGAGCUACCAUGAAAAGCCAGACACAUUCUAUGCCUUCAUGAUCAUGACAAAUAAUUUCAGUGACACUUACAUCUCAAAUCUGGUGAACAACAUUGUUGGCGAUCUGGAUGCCACCACCCAGGAAGGAAGGCUUUUCUCCUUCCUGGCUUUGCUGAACACCUACGUCAACGGGUCCUACAUGUCGCUGUCGUUGUGCGAAGAGUUAGUAGGGAUAAGGAACGUUUUCUGGAAGCAAGAUACUCUUGUUGACAGAAUGAAUCCCUACUCCACACUGAUGAUCACUUUCACUGUUGAAGAGCAUGGCAGCUAUCAAGCCGUUCGGUUGCUGCACCAAAUGAUUGCAAGAAAAUGCCUUGAAGUCCUCACCCAGAGACACAAUCUUUCCCGGACUGAGAUGAUUGUGAAUCUUCUUCAUUGUGACAAACUCUACAAAUCGUGCAUGGGGAAGGAUUUCCUGGUCCACAAUAUCCAAAGCAUGCUCGUCACACGUCACAGGAAAGACCAAGGGGACGACAAGGACACGCUGUUCUCUCCGGUGAUUGAAGACAUAGAAGAGAAUGAAGGAUCUGACAGGGUCGAAGAUGUUCUGGAAAAAGCCACAUGUAGGUUUGACAAAAGCGCAACACUGCCGCAAGCACUGGCGAGAUACUUCUGUUUGAGAAAGAAAGACUUUAAAUCAGCUCUCAAAUGGGCUCUGGUGGCGCAGAGUAAAAACGCCAAUUCCUACAUUGCUGAUACUGUUGGACAAGUGUACAAGAUCAAUCUCAAAAAGGAAAUUGAAAACCCUAAGGCUCUCACUCCAGAAUCAUUGGACCAGUCUUUAAAACUCGCGUCUUGUGCUGUGAAUGCAUUCCAGGAGUCACAGGAGCUGGCAAAGAAGGAUGACUUUUUAGAGGCCUUUGAUAUGCACCAUCGUAAAAGGCCUAAGUCCUACAACGUAUCUGGAUAUGCCGGAGAGAUGGAUGUCAUCAUGAUCCUCCUUGAUGUCAUUAAAGAGCUUCCUGUCUUUACCUCCAGUGACAGACACAAGAGGGAUAAAGUGCUGCAGUUCCUCAAAGGUCACCACUCAGUGAGCAGUCUAUUUGACUCAAGCAGCACAACCAUCAACCAGGACAGCGACCGGUUUAUCGCUGUCCUGGCAGACCAUGAGAGAUUCCUCAUCUCUCUUAAACCAAGGCUCAGUGAAGUCUUCAAGUUCUUUGAAAGCUACUUCACAUACCUGAAACCGAGGUCACCUGAGAAAGCAACAGAUGAUGAAAAAAACAAGCGAAAGAUUUCGGAGCACUUCAAAAAAUACAUGCAGAUAUUCAGCAUUUCAGAAGAGGAGAAAGCAUCUGAAAAGAAAAGCAAACCCAACCUCAGUCUGAGUCAAGAGAUAGUUGACCACAAGCUCUACCUGGAAACAAAAAGAGCAGACUCUUUUGCUGGACUGCUGCAGCACUUGAAUGACAAAAACCCUGUGGAAAUGGAGCACAUCCUCAAAAAAUGGCAGUUUAUCUUUGAGAGAUCCCCAAGCAGAAAGGUUUCAGACACAGUCAACUUCAUUUUGGCAAACGUUGUUCUCCACAGCCUCAAGCCCUCGUCAACAUCGCUGAAAAAAUACGAGGAGCUGGUUUCUCUCCUCAACGACGCGCUGCAAAGCGAAGGCACUCAUUCACGUUUGACCGAGGUGUACUACCUCUCCAUGUUGUUAAUGUGGCCUUCCAAGGACCAAAGGCUUGAAAGCUUAGAAACGUACAAAAACAUCAGUGUUUACGUCGCAUCGAUCAAGAAAUCUUUUCACCGCCGCUUCUCUCACAUGUUUCCGGCGAGGAGUGCCAUUGCUCAUUUCUUCCUUGGGAAAUCCAAUGAACUCAAAAGAGUUGUGCCCAAAGUGAAGCUCGAUCAAAUUCUGGUUAAUGUUUCAAGGCAGCAAACCUCCAGCAGUGGCCAGCCACGUAACCUUCACCAACUGUGGCAGAGUGGGGAAGCUUGGAACGAGCCAGAGAUCCAGAAGAAGCUGUUGAGGAUUAAAGGACAGUCAGAGCAGGGGGACAUUUACGUUAACUAUGGUGGAACCCACAAGAUGCAGGUGCGUCCAGUCUACCUGGGUGAUAUUCGAAGCGGAUACAGUCGGGAGGAAGUAUCUUUCUACCUAGGGUUCACCUUGGAGGGCCCUGUGGCCUACAACAUCAAGUAUGAAAAUGAGAAAUGAGUCUACGCUGGUCACAUGCAAAAGCAACACUACAGCACAGACGAUGGGCCUUUUGAACAAUUAAGUGCUUUCUUUUUAUAGAUUUUGUGGUUUAAUUUUAUUAUCAGUGGCAGAACGGUAAAAACACAAACUGACCAUGGGCUCAGAGACUGGAAGGAGUCUGUCACAUUCGUUAUGUGAGCAACAAACUGAACAAACUUUAGUAGGCAUGCACACACAAUUCUUCACUAUCAGUGGAGCCAGUUUGCAAAUUAAACUCUUUCCAAAGCUGGUUGAGAGAGCAGAAAACACCUUUUUUUCUGCCAAGAAAAGCUCUCAGUGUGGUUCUAUGCUCAUCUUUUAGUAAAGAAAUGUUGUCUGAGCUACUACAGCUGCAUCCAUGCUAAUCUCUUCAUCAACCACUAUUUUUCACGGCCUUGCAGUUGCAUUAAUUUUUUCCCUGCUGGUACCAAUGACAAGCAUACCAGCUUGAACCCUCUUCCUGAUCACAGAAGAAAAUCUGGCCAUUCUGUUGGCUUUGCAAAGUUGAAUUCAACCAGGAAUGGUUAUGAAAAAUGUAGGCUGGCUGAAAAUAUGAUGCAGUUGGUUGCCCCAUUGCAUCUUCUCUGGACUUUGUUUUUCAAGCUGAUUAUUUUCUCUCCAUUGAAAUUAGGUGAUGCAGUGUGCAUGGACUUAUGCAAAGACUUGAUGAACUAAACCAUGCAUCGUUGGGCGUACAUAUUUUGGUUCUAUAACUGCACACAUUUGCACAGUAAGGGCAAAACCAAGAGUAGACUUCCAAAACCCAGGUCUUUUUUUCUUGAUUUUGCUUGCAGGCAGGCCUGUGUAAUGCUUCUUUACCCUCCUGUAAUGAAGGAUAUGUACAAGCAGGAAAUGUUUUGGAUUUAAGUUGUGCUAAAUAGACAUCUGAGAUAACAAAUCAAACUGUUAAACUUUUCAAAGUAAACUUUAUUGAAACGGUCAUGGUCCAUCCAGAUUAACUUUUAUGAUGUUGUGCCUAACUUUUAGACCAUACAGCACUAGCGUGUAAAUUGUCAGUACUGGUCACGUGUCAUAGUGAUUCAGUCUCACAGUGUGAGUGUGAGUUCUUGAGUCGGCUUAAAUUGCACAAUGUGAGCCUGGCCAAAGUUUUAUAUUUUGCCCACUGAACUGCAAUGUCUGACCACUACUGACAGACAAACUCAAAGGGCCCUUUAUUAUUUCAUUUUUUAAAUUCAACUUGUCAUUUGGUGUUUAUGUCUAUUGUUUCAUAAACAGUAUGCUUUGACUUCAUUUUGUCUAUUUUAAUUUUAUUUUCUUUUAUUUUAUUUGUAUUCAGGUUUUUAAAAUAAUUUUUAUGGCUGACAUGCUGUAAUUAGGGCUGUCACGAUAUCAGAUUUUCACUUCACGAUUAUUGUGGUACUCUCAAAAUAAGUAUUUUGUUGAGAUUUUAUUACUUUUUGUUUCAUUUCCUCGAAGAGUCACCUUUUUUUGUUGUUAUUACAAAUUGUAUUAUUUUUAUGCUGUCAAAUUGAUUUAUAAUGAGAAAUUACAGAGAAGCACACAAUGACAUGCAGUUUCAUAAAAUGGACACCUGGUGGCAGCACAGCCAUGUUUAGUAUUUUAGUUUGUGUUUAUAUAUAUAGUGUAAAUGUACUACAGCCUAACUGCAAGAGAGAUUUAUUCUGUUAUAAAAAGUGAACACUUACAAAAUGUACAGUGAUUACAAAAAUAAUCUUUAAAGAGAAGAUAAAGAGGACGUGUUUAAGGGAGAAGUGCACAUAUGGCUAAUGAUAGAUGGAAGAUGCAAUAUAAAGAGAAACUGUUUAUUUUAUCUUUACUACAGAUGCUGAUAGGUUUAUUUUGGAAAAUGUGUAAAAAGAGACAUUUAUGGGAAAACAGACAUUCAAUGCUAUCCAGAUGUGGAUGUAACCAGCGCUGUAAUAUAAAGCAGACAAAGUAACAGAGAAUAACUCAUGAUUGCAGUUAAAUGGUUAAAAUGAAUAUGUUAAUAAAUAUAAUCCGGUUGGAUGGAGAAUGAGCAACAGUUGUCCUGUUUCCCUAGUUUCUGU